GUUAAAUGAAGUCUGGUCACACUGUUUGUCAUUUUUAUUCGUUGUAGGUAGGUAAAUAAACAAUGAUAAAAUUUGGAUAAAAUAUCUCGCUUAAUUGGAGGUGGCCUGUGAUUACAAAUUUGAUUGACGUUAUAAAAUAUAAUGCAAAAAUUGAAGUAUUAAUUAAUUACCCACUUUUUGUUACAACCAACAAUCAAGAUGAAAACAGCAGUGACGGUGUUGCAGGAGCUGAUGAUUAAAAAUGGGCAACUACCACAAUACGAGUGCAUAUCCCAAUCUGGUCCGCAACAUCAGGUCACAUUUGAAUAUCGCUGCACAGCCCAGGGAAUCAUGGUGACCGGGCAGGCUCGUUCUAAAAAAGAAGCCAAGCAGGAGGCGGCGCGCCGCAUGUUGACGAGGCUGCAUACGCUGGGAACGCUCGUGCCGCCGCCCUUCGCAACGCCGCCCUCGCCACCGCCACCCUCGCCGCCUUUGCCCGGGCCGGCGCCGGCGCUGGACGCGCGCAGCUACGUGGCGCUGCUGAAGGAGCUGUGCGAGGAGUACCGGCUGGGCGCGCCGGCCUACGAGCUGGUGGGCGACACGGGCCCGCCGCACGCGCGCCGCUUCACCGUGCGCGCGCGCCUGCGCCUGCACGAGCGCGUGGCCACCGCCACCACCAAGAAGGCGGCGCGCCAGCUCGUGGCGCAGAGCCUCUACACCUACCUGCGGGAGAACCUCGCCCGCCUCACCAAGGACUUCGUCGAGGAGGAGGCGCUGGCGCGUGCGCACGAGAAGCGUGCGCAGGAGAAGCGCGCGGCUGCGGGGGCGGGCGGCGCCGGGGCGGGCGGUGCGGGGGCGGGGGCGGCCGGCUCCGGGGCGGGGGCGGACACGGCAGAGGCUUUGCGACGCUACGCGGAGCUCAGCGAGUCGACGCCGUGGCGCCAUGACCUCGGCCAGCGCGUCGCCGACUACCACCUCGGUCUGCUUACACACAUUGACGAGGAGCUCCGCGCUCUGGGCGCGCAGGCGCUGACGGCCACGGAGCGCGAGUCCCCCGAGCGCGCGCUGCAGGCGGUGAGCGCGGCGCUGGGGCUGCGCGUGGAGCGGCCGGCGCUGUGCGGCGCGGCGGUGGUGCGCCUGGUGCCCACCGCGCCGCUGCUGGCCUUCGCGGGCCGCGACCCCGAUGCCGCCGCCGCCGCCGCGCUGAGGCACCUGCGGCGCGCGCUGCGACUGCACAGCGCCGGCGCCGCCCUCGCCGCCAACUGAACUCCGCUGUCGAAGAUCUGUCGCAUGCCGUUUGAGCCGAACCCGGCCCUACUCCUCCCGACCCGACCCGACCGCGGAUGUACUACUGAAUGCUCGAAAUUUCAUCCUAAUGUCGAUCGAAUUAGUUGUAUUAAAAAGAGGGUGUCAAAUAUUCCUUUUAAUUUAAAAUUUAUUAAAAGUAAAUAAAAAGUUUUUUGGUUUAUUUGCAUAGAUGUUUUAGUUGAUCCCGAUGAUUUAUGAAAUUGUAUGAUGAAUAAAUAGGAAAAAAGUAACACACUUAAUGAGUAUAAAA